UCUGGUGGUGUUUGCGAAAAUUUUGCAGAUUUACAAGUUGCGUUAUCGACUCUACCGCCUGUUCAGCUAAAUUUAUAUUAGAGUAAACGACCCAUUGUCUGUAGCUAUCAAAUUUCCCUACUUAGCAUGGAACCAAAUCAUAACGUGACCUCUGAAAACGGUAAUAUGGUUGCUGAAGAAACUACAACAAACUCACCUCCUGCGUCUUCUGAACAUGAUAACAAAGAAACGACAAUCAAUGAAAAUGGUGUUGAUUCUCCUCAAAUAAAUAAAAAGUCCCGUCCUACUCCCGAAUCUGUUGCUAUGGACCGUGGAGUACAAAAUAUUGCUCGAAAAGCACACAAGAAUAACAAAGGAGAUGACAAAAAGCUUGUUGAUCUAUUGGUACAUGUGUUCGAUAGUUUGGAAUCACCUGAAAAAAAGAUGGAAGCUCUAGCAAGAAAAUAUGUUCAGCUGGCUGCAGAUCAAAAAUCUACAGAACAAAGACUAGAGGAGUUUGAAACUAAACAUACAAAGAUUAAAAGAGAAAGGGAUCACCUACAAGCAGAAUACAAUAAACUCAUGAUAGCAAAAGGUAAACUUGAAAGUCUUUGUCGAGAACUUCAAAAGCAUAAUAAACAAAUAAAGGAAGAGACACAGCGUAGAGCUGAAGAGGAAGAUCGGAAACGAAAAGAGUUAUCUCAAAAAUUCCAAUCUACAAUAAGUGAUAUAACGUCACAGAUGGCGGAUAAUCACAAACGUAACCAGCAGUUGAAACAAGACAAUAACGAUUUGGCCCAAAAGCUGAAGGGACUUGUAGAGCAAUACGAAGUGAGAGAGCAGCACAUAGAAAAAGUAUUAAAGGCUAAACAACUGGAGCUACAAUUGUGUGAAGCUAAACUACAACAACAAAAUCUCAUCGUUCAAGAAGAAAUGGAAAAUCAUUUGAAGGAGAAACACGGUGUUCUUGAAGAAUCGUUGAUCUAUAAAAAGAAAUGCGAAGAAUUAUUAAAAACCGAAGCAGAACUUCGUGCGCAGUUGGCACUGUAUACAGAAAAGUUUGAGGAGUUUCAAACCACACUGACGAAAAGUAACGAGGUGUUUGCGACGUUUAAAAAAGACAUGGAUACGAUGACGAAAACAAUUCGUAAGUUGGAGAAGGAAUCUAACAUGUGGAAGACGCGUUGGGAAAACACCAAUCACUCCUUACUUCAAAUGGUUGAAGAGCGGACUCAAAAUCAAACGACAAUUUCAACCAUGAAAGGGAAGGUUGAUAAAUUGGAAAAGUUAUGCCGUGCUUUGCAGACUGAAAGAAAAACAUUGAGACAACAACUACAAGAAGAAAAGCCAAAUGGUGUUACUUCGCCUGAACCACUGUCUGAUAUCAGCGAUCCUCAAGUGAGCAGUACCACCCCCUCUCCACUUCCCGAUGUGCUCCCUCCACCUACCGAUACGCCACAGUCGCAAGAUUCGGAGCAGGUUGGAGAAAAUGAUUUACCAGAAGCCGAUAAGCAGCUGAGUAAAGAUGGAAAUGAAGAAAAAUCUCCUGAGAAUACAAAGGACAAAGAAGCACAAUAAUUUUCUUGAAUAAGUGUGAACCUUGUUUGUAUAAAAGAAUAAUUUUUACUGAACAUAUUUUAAAAGCUUA